AUGUCUGGCCAUGCUCGUACCAAGGCAUCAUACCUCAAGCGUGAGGGUGUCUACCUUCUCUUUGCAGUCAGCUCGUGGAUCUUCGUUAAGGACAACUUCUGCGACAUGACCCAGAUUACCGGGGAGUCCAUGGCGCCCACGCUUUCGCCGGCCUUUGGGAGCUCUGGGGCCAUGGACACAGUUCUAUGGCGAAAACAUCUGCCUACCCGAAACCUGACCCGCGGCGACGUCGUGCUGUUCAGCACACCUCAUAGAGCCGAGGGCAUGGCAACCAAGCGGGUGGUCGCUCUGGGUGGAGACACAGUCUUACUCGACCCUCGACGAAGACCAGCAGAUGCACAGAACGGGCGGCCAAGCGAAGCAGGCAAGCGAUGGGAUGUCAUGUACGCACAGAAUGGAGGCAGAGUGGUGAUUCCACCCGGACAUGUGUGGGUGGAAGGCGAUAACUGGCGCAAGACGCAGGAUAGCAACGCAUAUGGUCCAAUCUCGCGCAGUCUGAUUACUGGCAAAGCUGUGAGUAUUCUCUGGCCAUUGAGACAAUUUGGACAGACCCCCUGGAAGGGAUGGAAAGGCCGAACGAAGGUCGUGCCCGGUAAAGAGGUUAUCGAUGCAGACGCCACAUGUUGGACUCCCUCAUGA